AUGGGUGAUGCAGCGGACCAACGGCUUCGUGCCGAACUACGUGAGAAAUUUUUACGCGCGUUGUCAAUUGUCAGUGGGAGCAAGGCUUCGCUCACAAUUUGUGAUGGCACGGAAGUCACGGCGAAUGUAGCAGCUAUCCAUUCUAGUUUCUCUGACGUCGUCCUGCGUGAUAUGGAGCUACCCAAGGGCAAAAUCAUUGACGAUACAGUUAUCAGCUCCUCAGAAAUCGCCUAUCUCAGUGUGAAAGUUAAAGAAAGGAAGAAAGACUUUAUUAUUGCAUCCGCCGAA